CUGAUGAUGCUCGGCCUAGAUGCUCUUCUCCCGGGCUUGCGCCCCCUAGCGGCCUACGUAAUAACCUACAGCUGAUGCCAGCAUCUCCAGCUGUCACUUUUAUCACAUGAAAACGCCUGCUCCUGUUUGUCUGUCCACGUCGAGGGGCGUAUAUCGUCAUGGGUUUGUAACAUAAGCAGGUGUUUGCACGCUUUAAUAAAUCGCUAAAGAAGCAAUGAGUCGCUGCUGGCGCUUAUUUCUAAAAAUACAUUCAGCCGUGUUUGCUAUCUUGAACACACCCCGCUGAGUACCCCCCGAUAUAUUGUUCAAGGGGAAUAAUGGCUGCACAGGAGCCGUCUCCACCAUCUUCCCUGGAAGGAAACAAACCUGGCUUCCCAAAGAAAAUUUUGGCCAACAGCCUCGAAGACAAGCACUUGUGCAACUCGUGUCAGAAAAUCCUGAGAAGGCCUUUGCAAGCCCAGUGCGGACACCGCUUUUGUUCGUUCUGUUUCAACAAAAUUGUGAGUUCUGGACCGCAGAAAUGCAGUGCAUGCAUCAAAGAAGACUUGUUUGAGGAACCCACCUCCAUUCUCAAGCAAGGUGGUGCUUUCCCAGACAAUGCAGCUCGAAGAGAAGUGGAGGCCCUGGCGGCUGUGUGUCCCAAUGAAGGAUGCACAUGGACGGGAACGGUCAAAGAAUUUGAGGCCAGCCACGAGGGUAACUGUGACUUCAUGAUCAUCCUGUGUCCUUCCUGCAAAGAGCUGAUGAGAGCCAACGAACAGGAACGCCACAAUGAGCGAGAAUGUCCAGAGAGGACGCUGAACUGUAAAUAUUGCAAAGAACCCUUCCUGUUAAAGAACAUCAAGGCUCAUGAUGAAAUCUGUCCAAAGUACCCGAUGAUUUGUGAAGGUUGCGCCAAGAAAAAGAUCCCCAGAGAAAAGUAUGUGGACCAUAUUAAGUUCUGCAGUAAAUUUAAAGCACCAUGCAGAUUUCAUGUUGUUGGCUGCGAUACGUCUGUCGAGAAAGAAAAGAUCCAUGACCACGAGCGUCAGUGUUCAUAUGAGCACCUCAAUCUGCUUCUGCAUUUCAUCAUGGGCAUCAAGGUGAGUCUGGAGAGCCUGCAGCCCCAGAGCCUGGAGGUGGCCAGUCAGAAGCUGCAGGAGCUCCACCAGUCUCUUAGGGACCUGGAGUUGAAGAUGAGCCAGUUCGGUGGGGUUGGUGCAGCUCCCGUGCAGGGCGCGUGUGCUCCCCCGACACUGGCCACCUCCUUCACACCGCUGCCCAGCGCUGUGGGGGCCGCGCUGGAGCUGCAACUCCAGAGUGAAAAGACCAAGGUGGCUGAGCUGAGCCGGCGCUGCCAGGAGCUGGAGCUCAAAGUGAGCACGUUCGAAAACAUCGUGUGCGUUCUCAAUAGAGAGAUGGAGCGCUCCUGCACCACCAUGGAGGCCUAUAACCGCCAACACCGACUAGACCAGGACAAGAUAGAGAUCCUCAACAACAAGGUUCGUCAGCUGGAGAGGACAGUGAGCCUGAGGGACCUGUCCAUCGUGGAGAUGGAGGGGAAAAUGAGGGAGAUGUCUGCAGCCACGUACGACGGCAUCUUUGUCUGGAAGAUCUCUGAUUUCACCAAGAAGAGGCAGGAUGCCGUGGCUGGCCGCGCCCCUGCGAUGUUCUCUCCUGCCUUUUAUACCAGUAAAUACGGCUACAAGAUGUGCUUGCGGAUCUACCUGAAUGGAGACGGGACAGGCCGCGGCACACACUUGUCUCUGUUCUUUGUGGUGAUGAGAGGACACAGCGACGCACUCCUCAAGUGGCCUUUUAAUCAGAAGGUCACCCUCAUGCUGCUCGACCAGAACAACAGGGAGCACAUAAUUGAUGCCUUCCGGCCCGACAUCUCGUCCUCGUCCUUCCAGAGGCCUGUCAGUGAUAUGAACAUCGCCAGCGGUUGCCCACUCUUCUGUCCCCUCUCCAAGCUGGACUCUAAAAACUCCUACAUACGCGACGACACGAUCUUCAUCAAGGCCAUUGUCGACCUCACCGGGCUCUAGACAAGAGUCGAGGGCAUAAAUCCAGCCUUGCCUUUUGUUGCUACUAACCUGUUUGAGUCAACAGGCUUUUGUAUCGUGAGUAACUGGCAUUUCUCUUUAGGGUUUGUCUAGUUCUUUCGGUUUUGAUAUGUUGGCGGCAAUAUUCAAGACCAGAACAUUGACUACUGGCUGCAGUGGAUGUUGGUUUUCAGAACUUCGUUAGCCAUUGUUACAGUUUUACCAGUCAAACUGAGGUUUCAGUCAGUAAUUACCUACCAAAGCGACUGGAGGAGUUUCCAUAACAUAUGAAGGGUGUAACGAUACGCAACUUUCAUGGUUCAGUAUAAUCUUUGGCUUUAGGUGCAGCAGGGUGAAAAAUAGUUUUCAUUUUUUUCAUUUAUGGAGAUGUCUAAAGGUGCCUCAUGGCCACACUGGUUGUCAAAGCUGGUUGAUAGUGUGACUGACUCAGUUAGAACCCACUCAGCUUGAACAAGGCUUAGCAUAACACAGUGCUAACUUGAUAAUGGUUUAGAGCUUAAAGGGAUAGUUUGGUUUAUCUGGGGUUUUGCUGCUGACAAUUUCCACAGCAGUCCAUUACUUUGUUUCUCCAAGCCCCUUCUACUGCUGGUAUUACAUUGACUACAAGCAUGCUUCUUGACUUCAAAGAAACUGAACUAUCCCUUUAAACUUUCUGUGUGGAUCCUACGCCUGUGAAAUAUGUUUCCGCUCAUUAUCGUUAUACCUCGUGUUUCACCAUACGACUGCAUGCACUGAGCCGUGACACUGAGUCUAAAACACGCACUGUUACACCCAUUUAACAUCUAUACCAGAUUUUGGCACAUAACAUGCCAUUUUCCAACUUCCCAGAGGGCCCUCAAGAGCUUUUUAACUUAUAGAAACAUUCCAAGAACUAUGUUGAACUUACUGCUUGUGAAAUAACUACACAAAUAUGGCACUGUCCUGUUUCUAAUGUCCAGUUAUCUUGCUAUGGCUUCUUGUACCAUAGAUGAGGCUCAUCAUGUUCGGUUUACAUAGAAAUCCAAAAUAUGACACUGAAAAAUGCUGUAGUAGCUGCAAUUACUGAGACUCAUCAGCCACUAACAUAGCUAGCUCAUCUAUCUUAACUUCAGUCCCUCAAAAAUUGCAUUAUCGAGAUAGUGUUUCAGUCUACGUCAAGGUCCACUGUUCUUCCCCUUGAAACUCAGUUUUGGUCUCCACCAGCAAAUACAAUCUUUUUUUCUUAUUGUAUAGCUCUAUUGUAGCUAUUGUAAAUCCUCUUCUGUGUUCACCAACUUCAUGUGUCUGCAGACAGUGUACAGUGGAUUUAUCAGUAGGGUUGUAAAACCAAAACAGUUAGCUAAAAGAGGCUGAGACGCUCUGCAGAGCUGAGGGAACUAUAGAGUCUGCUUAUAAUCCUGUCUUCAUACAUCAACAUGAGAAAACAGCUGCGUAGCCCCCUGUUAAUAGUACUGCUAGUGUAGCUUUAAAAAAAAAGUCUCGUACUACAAACUGAAAAUAACGAGCCUUGGAGCAGUGACAAAGUAGCUAUGUAGAAUAAACAACCUACCAACUAAGCAAUAGAUCACGCAGGUCUAGACGCUUGUGUUCACCGUCUCCACGUCAAGCCUGACAUUUUGUGGACUGAUAAUGUUUUCUAUUAUUUUACUUUUUCUUUCACUUUCAUUGACAAAGGUGAGGUUCCAAUAACAGUGUGACGCCCUUAUAGCCUUCAGAAUAUCGCUCAGCUUUGCACACGGUUUGUAGUGUGGUUGGGAUUUCAAACUCGUUUACGGUUUCUUAACAUCUAUGCCUUCAACUCUAGAGUCUGGUGUUCAUUUGUAGUCAUUUGUGGUGGUGGACAUUGCUUGAAUUCCAUGAAUUCUGAGUGCAGUAUUUCCGUUGUGAAUGUUUUUGUGUACGUGUGCGUGUGUGCUCUGUUCCAUUUGUUUGCUCUUAGCUGCAGUGUUAGUUUCAUGUUGGAUCUGUGGAAGAUGCACCGUAGCUUUCAACAGUUUCUGGGUUGUUUGCCUGGGAAACAUUAACAGCGAUGGUAGUCGAGCUGAUUUUCCCAAAUGGAAAUAUGACAUAUUUUAUUAGAAAUAAACAUAUAUUUGCAUACAAGUACUAAUAAUUUCUAUAAAUGGCUUUUGAUUGUAAACUUUGGCUUUUUUCACUAUUUGUUGAAAUGUUCCAUUGAAGUGUUCAAUGGUGGACUGGAAACACUGAGAGACACUUAUGUGAACGGUACUGAUAUACAGUACGUUAUGAAGCAUGAUGGCUCCGUUCUUAAUACGCCUUUGAGAUUGAGGCUUCAGAACAACUUCUGUUGGCCACUGCAUCUGUGAUACUUGGGAUUCACUGGAAAAAAUAUUCUUAUACCAUGCUUUCAGGACUAGGACUAACAAAUGAAAGCUAAGCUAACCUCUUAGCGAUUCUGAGAUGCCCAUGGAACCACCAGAGCAGGAAGAUAAUUGGUUUGUUAGUAUCUUCUAUGUGGACAGUACCUGGAAAGUCAUUCAGAAGACUACAUAAAACCACAAACAGACCAAGAGAUGCAAAAUUACCACAAUGACAUUUAAAACAACUGGCGCAAAACGACUGGAAAGACACACAUGGAUGCAAAUUAACCUCUACAAAGAUGCAAUCAUAAUGAGACAACACUACUACUAAGAGACAAAUAAGUACUGUGAUGCAAAAAGACCCAAGAUGUGUGCGUACCACAUUGACACAUCACUUAGUAACUAUGUGUCCCCUUGAGUCUGGGUGUUUUGUGUCAGUGUCUCAGUGGGGCCCUUGUCUCACAAUAUGUCUACAACUUUAGAUUCUUUUGAGUUACUAACAGCUUGAUUCUACUAAACAUGGUUAAAAAUGAGCCACUUAGAGAGAAGUUAUAUUUCCAUAUGGGUGCAGGCUGUGGUCGUGCUUAGAGGCUGGAGCUUUGGGAUGGAAGCAGAGCUGAGGCAUCAAAAGAGGAGACGGUUGACGUCGUCGUGAUUUACUCCUACUUUUGUGUUUCCUCGCAGCUUUGACUGACCUACUCUUUUUUACAGAAAAAGAAGUGCCUCUACCUUUUCAUUUAUGGAUCCAUGAGCCCGUUGAGUUGUGGAUGUGCUUACUUAUGAGUUUGAAACUUACCAAAAUGUGAAACUUGAUUUGUGCAGUGUAUUUUUUUACAUCAUUAUUUUUUACUGUCGUCCUUUAUGAAACCCCUUUACUAGAUAGAUGUGAUAAGUGACUACGAAUGUUUUGCAUACAUAAAACUAGUGAAUGUCAACAGUCUUAUUUUAUUAAAAAUGAGGUCAGAACGCCGUGAACACGCAGCUUUUUGGCAUCUUCAACCAGACACAUCCACCGUGUUUUUAAACCUCUCAAUGAGCGCUGACACCUCUCUGUGCACGAGACGUUUCAGUAGGAAAACGUAUAUCAAGCACUGGUUUAUACUGUAGACCAUUUUAUUUAUUUUUUAUUAUUCCAUGAUCAAUAUAAUAUACAGCACAUGAGCGUGUGAAAUCCUUUUGGACCUGUGCUCAAGUUUGAAGUGUGCCUGAGAAAGUUAAACAUAUCUAAAUAAUAAAUAGAUUGUAUUUAUUGAAAAAAAAACGUUGUACGUUGAAACGGUUUCUAAGCAUGUGUUGGUCUGUUUGGCUGAUUCUGACAUGAUGCCUCCAAAGUCUGACCUCGGUAGGUUGCAACUUUUCACUUUCUUGUUCCAGAAAACAUUUUAUUCUCUUGAAUUUGUUGAUAUUGUUGCACAUCGUGUGGACUACAUUUUGCAUGUGUGACUGCAGCCUCAAAUAAAUUAGCUGCUACGUUUACUCACCCCUAGAGUGUACGCAGAAUUGUGCUCAUAGACGCAGCCUCGCCGCGCUACUCCGAUGUUCAUCCUUACUCUUUCUCGUCCAACGUGUGGCCUGAUGUGUGCCAGGAUUUCACAAUUAUUCCAUAACAAAAGGGCUUCACAUUUCGUUUUCACCUGCUAAAUGUCACACGCACGGACACGCAUACAGCACAUGUCGUUUUUGUUUUUGGCCCUGCUUCUAUUGUAGCUUGCCCUGUUUAAUAGACUCCAGCUGGGGGACGACAUUGCAUUCGAGUCGGAUGAUGACUUGUAGGAAAUGCCACACUGCCUCACUGUUAUUUCAACAGAAUCAAAUGUUGUUUGAUGUGUGUAUUUCAAAUAGCACUUCAGAACUCUCAAACUGAAACAUAUGAGUUUGAUGGAUUAACAUAUCUAUUACUGUUUGUGGAGCUCUCUAAAGCCCAUGUUGAGAUUAAGAUGAAGAGCUUUCAUCUGUAGCAAUGACACCGGUCAUUCUUGUUGUUCUCUCUGCUACAUUGUGUGGAUAGCACGUCGUUGUGUGUUAGUAAACUCUUUGUACUACAGGAAAUUUGUUCCAUAUUUGUAUUUAAUUUAUUAAAGGUUUUAAGAUGCCCUCUA